UGUGCAACCAAAUCCAGAAAACAACCGGUUUGUCACAUGACUGUGCUCAUCAUGAGUUUGUUUCCGCGUCUGAAUGAAAGAGAGAGAGAGGGGCAUAUCUGAACUGUUGCGGUCCGCAAAACGCGCCGCCGAGCCAAGGUGAUAUUCCGGGCAAGGGGACCCGCACAUUACCAUCGCCCUGACACGCUGCGGCAAGAACAUGCUCACACGGAUGAAAUCAGCUGUGGCCAAUUUUAUGGGAGGUAUGAUGGCUGGCAGUUCAAACGUUGACCAUUUCGGUGGCCCCGAUUUACCGCUGAAAUAUCCGUACACAAGACCGGAGUUUCUGGGACUGUCACCGGAUGAAAUCGAGUGCUCGGCGGAUCAUAUUUCUCGGCCGAUCCUCAUUCUGAAAGAGACGAAGAGGCUGCCAUGGGCCACUGGUUAUGCAGAGGUGAUCAAUGCUGGGAAGAGCCUUCUGAACGAGGACCAGGCAUGCUGUGAGGUGGUGCUGGUGAGGAGGAGACUCAGUGCUGGGGGAAACUCCACCCCCAUCAUGACCCCCACCACACGGAGGAGGUCCUCCCUGCCCAAUGGAGAGGGACUGGGGAUCAGGGAGGACUCUGAUGCAGUGCCCGGACUGAUCUUCCACUACUGGGGGCUGUUUGACGGCCAUGCGGGCUCAGGGGCGGCGGUGGUGGCGUCUAAGCUGCUCCAGCACCACAUCGUAGAACACCUCCGAGAGGUCCUGGAUGUCCUGAGGAACCCGGCCCAGCUGGUCCCCAUCAUCCUCGGGGAAGAGCCCACCAACCUCACCCCCACCACCCACAGGGGCAUCACCAGGACCGCCUCACUACGGGGGGCCGCAGGGGCACCCGGCUCCCCCAGUCACCCCCCUCCCACCAGGUUCUUCACAGAGAAGAAGGUCCAUCAUGAGAGCCUGGUGAUGGGAGCCAUCGAGAAUGCCUUCAAAGAGAUGGAUGCCCAGAUUGAGAGAGACAAGGCUGUGUUUAACGUCUCAGGAGGCUGUACUGCUCUGUGUGCGCUCUUUUUACUCGGAAAGCUCUACGUUGGAAAUGCCGGGGACAGCAGAGCAAUCAUUAUCCGAGGUGGAGAGGUUAUCCCCAUGUCUACAGAGUUCACACCCGAGUCAGAGCGGCAGCGCUUGCAGUUCCUGGCCUACAUGCAGCCACACCUGUUAGGGGGAGAGUUUACACAUCUGGAGUUCCCCAGACGAGUACAGAGGAAGGAGGUGGGGAAGAGGAUGCUCUAUAGGGACUUCACUAUGUCUGGCUGGGCAUAUAAAACCAUUGAGGACGACGACCUGAAGUUUCCCCUAAUCUAUGGCGAAGGGAAGAAGGCACGUGUGUUGGCUACCAUCGGGGUCACCAGGGGCCUGGGAGACCACGAGCUCAAAGUGCAUGACUCCAACAUCUACAUCAAGCCCUUUUUGUCCUGCUGCCCAGAGGUCAAAGUUUACCCUCUGACUCAAUACGAACACGGGGCGGAUGACGUCCUGGUGAUGGGGACAGACGGGCUGUGGGACGUUCUCUCCAACCAGGAGGUUACCGAGGCAGUCACCUGCUUCCUGGCCAACUGUGACCCUGAUGACCAGCAUAGGUACACGAUGGCAGCUCAGGACCUGGUCAUGAGGGCGCGGGGGGUUCUGAAGGACCGAGGCUGGAGGAUAGCCAACGACCGGCUGGGCUCUGGAGAUGACAUCUCUGUCUACAUCAUCUGUCUGAUGUACGGCAACCGGCAGACCUAGCCCAGGCCCAGCUCGCCAGCACCCACCAUGGGACUCAAGACAUAG